CAGUCACAGAGCAAGAAGGGAGACGGUUUCAUGUGUAUGUUAUGUUUAACAGUAAAAUAAUAAUUCAUUCCCAUCAGAUCUGUGCAUCUUCCCACAAAAGACGAUUCGAUGUUGUUUUCAGUACGUGCGGUGUGAAACGAUGAAAGGAUGGGAUCGAUUUGAAAGUGGACUGCUUCGAUUCGGUUGAUGAAUCCUGCCUCUGUCCCUCUUCCCUGAAAGAGGGAAGCACCAUUCCCCAACCCCCCGGCACCCCUCUCAUCGUUCCAAGAGGAAACACAUUUGGAAUGCUGCACAUUACAGUAGCGUCUCCCCAUUCCUCCUCCAUCCUCUCCCCAAUCUAAUUUGCCAGCACGCGAUGCAUUCAAAUUCCACGUGUCACGUGAGUGCUCCUCAUUUGCAUAAUCCUGGAAAGAAGGAGGGCGGUGUGAGCCAAUAGAAACCCGGAGUGGCAGUGACGUAAGGAAGGCGGGGCAGGAGGCUUCUCGCUUGCAGUACGUGACGUUCGAGUCAGUGUGCACUGUGCAGCUUCACUCUGCACUGAAGGAACCAGGCAGGAUAUCCCACUAUCUCUCCUCCCCUCCGAGCCAGCCCAGGGAAGAGGCACCGCGGCGUCACGGGAGAGGAUGCCCUGCUAAAUCAAGGGAUAGGCCCGGGAAAAUCAGCCGGCCCCGUCCUUUCUUUCCUUCAUUCCUCCCGCACGACAAGCGACACCCUCCUUCCACCUGGAAGCGAGAGAGAGAGAGAGAGGACGUCUGCUUCUCCUCACAAAACAACCCACCACCACGUCCACUUUGUCCCCCCACCCCCAACUCGUGUGCACGGGGGGUUCUCCGUGACGACCCCCGCGCGUGGAUUCUAUGGAACAAGGGCCGACCUGGUACUUGUUAACACGAAGGCUAACUAGUUAGCUACACCUGCUAACCACCGUUUUUCGAUAUCGACUGGGAACAAGUUUACUUUGUCUACUUAUUAUUUUUUUGUACUGCUUUCACGAGCAUUCGUUCAGAUCUAUUGUUUCUAUUUUACGAAACGAUUUUAUAAACGUUUUUUAAUACACCGGUAAAUAAGCUAACACGCGAGCAGAUGCUUUCAAGCUCGCGUUCAGUGCAUUAAAACUGACUUUUUUUUUUUUUUUUUUUUUUUACAGUUCAAUGCAUUUUUUGAACGCUUUAACGCAACAUAAUAAGGGCCGAUAAGUGGUUUGGAAAACGUUCUCAGCGCAUUUGGGACGUUUUCAGGUGAAUGGGAAAACAAAGGCGAGUGGAGUCUGCUAUGAUUUUGCCUCUUGUCCUGCAAGUUGCUUUUUAUUUCAAUUAACCCUGUAAACCAAACGAGCGCUAUCCCGACCGAGGAAGACCCCAAAGCGGACUGAAGCCGUCGUCGUCGCCGAUCCCGGUGGAGCUAUUACACCAACAUUCCCCCAUGAACAUACAGAGGUCACGUCCUAUUAACAUUUCACGUCAUGGCAGAUCGCGGCACAAAUCGCACGACUUCGAAGAUCUAUCUUGCCUGAGGAGCGCCGAGUCGCACCAGAGCUUCAGCCCCAACCUCGGCUCGCCCAGUCCCCCGGAAACCCCCGACGCCUCGCACUGUAUCUCCCGCAUCGGGGACUACCUCCUGCUGGAGCCCCUGGAGGGGGACCACGUCUUCAGGGCUGCUCACCUGCACAGCGGCGAGGAGCUUGUCUGCAAGGUGUUGGACGUGGGCCGCUACCAGGACUCUCUGGCGGCCUACUUCGCCCUGGGCCACCACCAGCACAUCAACCAGGUCCUGGAGGUCCUGCUGGGCGAGACCCGGGCCUACGCCUUCUUCGAGCGCAGCCAUGGCGACAUGCACUCGUUUGUGCGCACCUGCAAGAAGCUGCGCGAGGACGAGGCCGCCCGCCUCUUCUACCAGAUCGCCUCGGCCGUGGCGCACUGCCACGACAGCGGCCUGGUGCUGCGAGACCUCAAACUGAGGAAGUUUGUUUUCAAGAACGAGGACAGGAGUUCCCUGAAACUGGAGAGCCUGGAGGACACGUACAUGCUGGCGGGCAGCGACGACUCGCUGUCCGACAAACACGGCUGCCCGGCCUACGUCAGCCCCGAGAUCCUCAACGCGGGCGGCAGCUACUCGGGUAAGGCGGCCGAUGUGUGGAGCCUGGGCGUCAUGCUCUACACCAUCCUGGUGGGCCGCUACCCCUUCCACGACGUGGAGCCCGGCUCGCUCUUCAGCAAGAUCCGCCGCGGCCACUUCAGCGUGCCCGACACGCUCACGCCAAAGGCCAAGUGCCUGAUCCGCGCCAUUUUGCGCCGUGAGCCCACCGAGCGCCUCACCUCCCGCGAGAUCCUCCAGCACCCCUGGUUCGCCGCCGCCGCCGCUUCCCCGGGAGCGCGAGGGGAGCCGGAACAGAUGGUACCGGAGGUGACCAUGGAAGAGGAGCACUUAUUCAGUUGAGCACACGCCCAAGCACAAACGGACUACAGCUGUCGUUUAGCCAUGUUGUUGCUUUCCCCCCCCCCCCCCCAGCAUUUUCACAGAAAGAAAAAAAAAACCUCCAAGCCUGGCAUGAUAAACAUUGGAAGCUGACCCACAAAUAAUAAUGUAGCAUCAUGUGCUGUUCAAGAAACAUUUUUUUGUAAUUAUUCUUUUUGGUUUGAUAUGGUGCUCGUAACAAGUAGACACAUUUCUGACACUACGGCAAGCAUGAAGGGACAGAUCCACGAUUGGAUUCUUCAUCAUUGCUGGGAUUUCAACAAAACAAAAAAAGAUUUUCAUCGUUGCUCCUCUGCUUUCAGUCUCGGAAUGUUUUUCCCGCAUUCCGCUGUGGCGUCCACUUGAUGCGUGUCCCACCAUUUUAAAUUUAGAACUUUAGGGGUUGGGAAUUUUCAAAUUGGACAUCUUUUGUGGUGUAUCAUGUGAAUUUGGGGGAAUAACUGACAGGUGAAUAGUGCGCUCGAAAUCGUCCGUCAGUGUGACUGCGAGUGUGAAUGAUUGUUUGUAUGUGUGCCUUGUCGAUUG